AAUGGCGGUUAAUGCGUCUGAAAUUGUCGAAAUCGCAAAUUACAUCCAACAUGUUAAGAAAGUUGUGGCAAUGGGAGAACUCAUCCAAGAACGCCAGAGACGUGUGGCAGCUAAUGUUGGUGACAGCUCCAUGACUGCACUUUACAAACUUAUGGAACAACACAACCAACAACUUCACAACCUUCAGGCUGCUGUUUCAUCUGCUGAAAGCUUCACUAGGGACAUUGAUAAAGUUCAUGAGAACCUAGAUAAAGUUCAUGAGGACCUAGAUAAUGUUCACCAGGCGAUGAUUCGACCGAUAUCUCGCACGCUCACUAAACUGCAGCGCACAAUUAGCCAAUAUCUGUUCGAAGCUACAGAGAAGAAAUGCAUUUCAAUGCUUAAUUUCGUUCCAGAGAAGAAGUGGAAAGAAUUCGUUGAUAUUCUUAACGUGAUAAAGAGGGAUAGACAGAUUUAUCUUGAGUCACAUCCUCUUAAUGAUGUUGAAGCAGAAGGCGGAAAUACUACAGCAGAGGUAGUGGAUGCCUUCAAGAAAAUGAAAAUUGAAUCAAAGGUGGUGGAGCUGUUUUCAAGAUUAUAG